CUGCAAUAGUGUUGAUAUAAUUCUUUAAUAAUCAAGGUCUUCGUAACUUGGAAGUUACUGAUAGUAGAUAGUAUAUCAGUGAUCGUACCAUGUGAAGUACAGGAGGGGGAAAAAUUUAAUCACUUGUAUCCCAGUCGACGUUCUGUGUAUAGAUCGAAUCAGUGUCACAGUACGGACGUGGAAUUUGUGCUCUUAAAGUUUCAAGGCCGUUUACACCCAUUUUCAUCAUCAAAGCACAAUGUCUCUGGAUGAAAGAUUUAACAAGGCUGCAGAGGAGGUAAAGGAAUUGAGUGCUCCAGCUUCAGAUGCUGACUUACUUGAAUUAUACUCACUAUACAAACAAGCAAUUGUUGGAGAUUGCAACACACCCAGACCAGGCAUGAUGGAUUUUAAAGGCAAAGCCAAAUGGGAUGCUUGGGAUCACAUAAAGGGCAUGAGUCAAGAUACUGCGAAAGAGCAAUACAUUCAGAAGGUGGAAGAACUGAUAUCCAUCAUAGGGAAGAAGUAAUUCACGUUGCUGAAAAUUUGUAUACACCUUUUGUCCAGUUUUAUCUUUUCUACUCUUAUAAAUGUGCAAUGUAUUUUUCAUCUUUGGUAUCAGGGUGCAGUGGUUGCAAAAAUGUUUGAGUAUUUCUAAAUAACUUUUUUGAUAUUCAAAAUAAUUAAAAUGUUUGUAUUAGGUAUAGAGAAGCCUUUGUUGUGGGAAAUAAUAUUGUUAAAAAGGUAUUGA